AUCCUGCAGGAGAUCAGGCAGACGGUUGUUUGUAAGUAUUGUAGUCCUUACUAAAUCGGGUGCGGGGUAAAUGCGACCAAACGACGGGCCGCCGGUAAAUACAUGUGCAGUUACUUGGUACCCUCGCCCGUCAAAGAACCUGUAUCUAAUUGUGUCUGGGAGGCGUACGUAUAAUCUGACAGGCCAUAGCUGCCAAGCAAAGGACACGAGGGUUUACUAACAAACCUCUUGAAAUUCACCGUGACAGCGAAUUCGUUCAUUUUCCGCUCCGUCUCCACCAGCUGCAGGCCUCUUGAUCAUUAUGCCUGCCGCGCGAGUAAACAAAGAUGCUAAAUCUGUCUCGCCUACACCGUGCGACGCCAAUCCAAACGAAACUCGAGCCGAAAACAGCAGAAGCCAGAGAAAGCGGCAAUCUCAGAGCUGUGAUGCUUGUAGAGCCAGAAAGGUUCGAUGCGUCCGGGAGAAUCUAGAAGAUCCAAAGCAGUCAUGCAAGCACUGCAUAGCACUUGGAAUACCCUGUACUUACGACUACCAACCAAAAAAGAGGGGACCUCCAAACUUAUAUCUCCGCCGAUUACAGGAAGCAGCCGUUGCGGCAGCUGCAGCUCAGUCUGAACAUAAUGAUCAGAAAAGCGAUGUCGCGUCAGUAUCACCCAUCUCUGCUCACCAAACUAUUGCUAGCCCCACACAAUCAAGUUUAUCCCCAUUACAGCAGCACACACAGUCCCCUUCCCUGGAGCCUGGCUUGACCCCAAUCCAGACUGCCGCUCCCAUCAUCCCCCCAUCUCGAUACCCUAUCGCAGCUGACACAUAUCACAAUCACUACUCCUACUCUGCUGUUAAUACGAUUCCCCCGACAUCUAGUUGUAACGCGCUACUCCCUGAGAAGACAGAUGACACCCAACUGUACUCCUACUCCGAGCCAUAUGGCGGAUUUUCCGCAUAUAAUUGGUCUUAUAAACAUCAUCAGCCCCUCCCUGUUCUGCUUCCAACUGUCAUACCUCCACUGUCACAUUAUUAUCGACCUCACCGCUUGGAAGAUAUCGCUCCCCGGGACAGUAUUUCACUCAUAAUUGCUCUUUUCUUCGAUUUCGUGUACCCGUUAACCCCAUGUGUUCACAAGCCAUCGUUCAUGGCGGACCUGCACACCAGGAGAGAGGAACACGAUCCGUUGUUUUUCGCUCUCGUCAUGUCCACGGUAGCAUCAACCUUGGUGCAAGUACCAAGAUCUUAUUUACCUAUGGAGCGCUCUGUGGUGCGAAAGCUUGCGCAGACGUGUUAUGAAGCCAGUCGACAUAUCACUAUCGCAUCCUAUGACCCUCCCACGUCUAUGCACGUUGUUAUCCGAUACUUCGACUGUAUCUAUCAUUUUUGCGAAGGUCAUGAUGCCACAUCGCACGCAGCUUUCGGCGAAGCGGCUCAUAUUGCUGUUACUCUGCGCAUGCACGAGGAGGCCUCCUACGAGGGGCUCGACCCCAUUGAAUGUGAGGUUAGACGAAGGACCUUCUGGUUGCUUUUUGGUGCGGAUAAGUCGAUGUCAAUUCUUUUGGGGCGCCCGAUCUGUCUUCGUGACGAAGACUGCACUGUUCAUUUUCCAAAGGAACUCGAUGACGAAUACAUCAUUCCCAGUGCAUACUUGCCUCAGCCGCGUGGCAAGACAGCCUUGGUAUCAGGAUUAAACUACAUCUCCAGGAUUUUUGCACUUCUCGGUGAAAUAUUAGUUCGUAUCAGAGUCGAUAAGCGGUCACCUCCACAGGGACAAUUUGCAACAGCGAGACUAGAGGAGGUUCAAUCACUGCACUCGCGCAUUAUGGUGGCCCUCAUGCACACACCAGAGCCUCUGAGGUUGAAACAGACACAUAGACACAACCACCUCCCAGCUGAGUACGGUGGUGCUGGGUUCAGACAAGCCACAUUCGCAGAGGUCAAGGACUUCUUUGACAACCCCAAAGCGUCUCGUGCAAAUGCACUUAACCCAUUCCUGGUCAUGCAGGCCAAUCUUUACGUGACUCAACAACUUGUUCGAUUUGUGGUGGAGCAAUACCGUGAUGAACUGGUCAUGACUUUGCAGGGUAGUAUUGAUGAACACCAGGUCGCCGUGGAUAGGGAAGCGGUCGCGAGUGACCUACUCAAUAUUCUUCACAGUAUUCCUAUCCAAUCAAUCGCCACCAAUGGUCCUUCAUUGGUGCACAAAGUGCGUUUCGUCGCAUCUACUUUGCUAGACGCUGUCCGGAAGGCGGAAACUGCCCCAGCAUCUGCGGCCCGCGCCCAUGCUUUCCUAUGGGACUUCCUUUCUAUUCUAUCCGAAGUCGAGAGAAAUUAUCUGUGAGUUGCGGCCAUCAGAUCUCCUGCGUGUGAAGCUCUUUACUGUUGUAUGCUAGCCUAGACGAUGACCGUGACGGCACAUCGAGUGGCGACGGCGGCAUGUCCAUGAUCUAGUGCUAAUUUCUGUACAUAUGCACAAGUGUACAUACUACAUGUACUGACUUCCGUUGCUUUCGUGUUGUAGCUUUCCUUUGGGCUGCUGUAUUGUGUCUGUCAUCUAUUCAUAUACUUAUACCCGUGCUCUUUCUACUUAUAGUUAUCAGUAUUCGAUAUUCCUCUCGCAUUUAGACUAUGUAGCCUCUCUCUCAAGCUUUCUAUCUUUGAAACACGAUGCAUUGAGAUUACAG